AAGGUCUCAAGCUUCCACGCAUUCCUACUGCAACAGUUUGAAACGUGACUCAAAGUGAUUCGCCACGAUGACGGCCGUAACGAAAGGUAUUUUCAUUGUCGCUGCAAAGCGCACCCCAUUUGGCACAAUGGGGGGUAUGUUCGCCAACAAGAGUGCAACCGAUUUGUCAGUUGUCGCAUCGACCGCCGCAAUGCAGACAGCCGGUCUGAAACCAGAGAAGAUUGACAGUGUUGUAUUUGGACACGUCAUGGCGACCUCGUCCUCCGAUGGUGCUUUCUUGGCAAGGCACGCUUUGUUAAAAUCAGGAAUCCCAUUACAAAAACCGGCACUUAGCGUAAAUAGAUUGUGCGGUUCUGGCUUCCAGGCAAUUGUCAGCGGCGCUCAGAACAUUCUAGUAGGAGACUCGAAAAUUGUCUUGACGGGUGGCGCCGAAAACAUGAGCCAAGCUCCUUUUGUUGUGAGAAACAUUCGAUUUGGCACUGUCCUGGGCCAGAAAAUUGAAUUUGAGGACUCACUCUGGCUUGGAUUACUCGACACCCACUGCAAUUUGCCUAUGGGCCUGACUGCGGAAAAGCUCGGCGCUCAGUACAAAUUGAAGAGGGAGGAGGUCGACCAAUUUGCCUUGAGUAGUCAACAACGUUGGAAAGCUGCCAACGACGCGGGUCGUUUUAAAGAAGAAAUAGCGCCUGUGCAAGUGAAAAUUAAGAAGCAGGACACAACUGUCAGCGUGGACGAGCAUCCGCGUGUACAAACGACAAUGGAGACCCUUACCAAGCUGAAACCAGUUUUCCAGAAAGAUGGAUUGGUCACAGCUGGUUCUGCAUCGGGUAUCUGUGACGGAGCGAGCGUUGUUAUUUUGGCUAGCGAGGAAGCCGUCAAGGCGGAAGGCUUGAAACCGUUGGCACGUUUGGUAGGAUACAGCGUGGUCGGCGUGGACCCGAGCAUUAUGGGGAUUGGUCCUGCGCCAGCAAUCAGGGACUUGCUUAAAGCCACGGGCAAGACACUCAAUGACAUCGAACUCGUCGAGAUCAACGAAGCGUUUGGCGCUCAGACAUUGGCGUGUGCAAGGGAACUUGAUCUGGAUCUGAAUAAACUGAACGUGGAUGGUGGCGCUAUUGCUGUAGGACACCCACUGGCCGCUUCCGGUAGCAGGAUCACUGCUCACUUGGUGCACGAGCUUAGGAGGCGAAAGGCUGGAAAAUUCGGUAUUGGUUCCGCUUGCAUCGGUGGUGGCCAAGGUAUCGCUGUGAUGGUGGAAGCGCUGUGAGAAGUUCGCGGGCUGCUUUCCUUUUAAGAAGCACAAAUCGACACACGUCGCUUUCCAUUUAUAGUUUUGUUCAAACUCAAUCGACACUUUUGGACUUUUCUCGGGAGAAGAAUCGGAAUGUGUUUCGUCCAAUUAAAUAAUUAUUAGAAUGGAUUCGGAAACUUGAUACCAACACUUCGCUUGUAUAUAUACGAUAUAUGGUUUGAGUGUGCACCAGUAUCUGUGUCGAUUUGUAUUUCCUAAAAGCAACCUUAAUUGCUUAAAGAUAUUUUAUACAAACAAAAUCAGUGCAAAGUGAUAAGAGUACGUCGUAUGAUUUAUAAAUACUGAAACAAUUGUUAAUCCUUUUUCCUCAUCCUGGUGAUACAGGUAAAAUCAUGAAAAAUAUUUUUACAUACAAAAACUUUAUAUAUACUUUAUAUAUACUUUUUUUGUACACAUAACGAUCCGUUGUUGAAUAAAACUGAAAGAUUUAUAUUUAA